AUGUCCGGGCGCAAGCUCGGAGGUGGGCGCAUCUUGGGCAACGGCAAGGGCCUCGCCCCGCCCGCAGCGUCAUCACCGUCAGCCUCAACCACCGCCGCCAUCCAUCGCGCCGUCAGCCCAUUCGCGCCUUCCGACAGCAGUACCGUCUCCUUUGUAUCGCCCAAUUCAACGCGCGACUCCAUCUCUCCAUCAUCCUCCGUCCCGCUACCCGAUAUUCCGCAAGACCUCGUCUCCAAUGUCAGCUUGGCCGGUCCCUCCAAUGGCGGCCAAUCCGCCGGCGCCAACGACAACCGACUUGUUUGCCCGAUAUGCGAAGAGGAAAUGGUCACCUUGCUCCAGCUGAACAGACACAUCGAUGACGUCCACCAAGAGCUCCCCGAAGAGACGCAGGACGAGGUUAAAUCGUGGUUCGACAAACAAGUCCGCAAAGCGAAAAAGUUCCAGCCGCUGAACAUCAUCAACCAGACCCUGCGCGGGCUCGAUGUUUUCGAAUCGAACGAGACGCAACCCGUCGUCGCGACUGCCGCCAGCACCACCGCACCCGGACGACCCGCAGAGAAGGCAGUAGACCCGGAGGAACUAGUCACUCGACACCACUGGCAGAGACCAACGGGGAACGACCCCUGUACCGAUCCGACGUGUACGAGAAAGUUAGGGCCGUUCAGCGGGCUGGUCAACUGCCGGAAAUGCGGGCGUCUGUUUUGCGAGGAACACACCAUGUACCAGAUGAAGCUUUCGCGAUCGGCCAACCACGAACCUGUGCGAGGGAUAUGGUGUCGAGUGUGCGAGACGUGCUUCAAGAGCAGGGAAGGGUAUAAUGAUCACCAGGGAACGGUGAGGGAUCACAUGGCCGAGUUCAAGGCAAUACGAGCAAAGAGGGUGGACCGACACAAGCUGGAGGUGCAGAGGUUGGAGAAACGGUUGACCAAGCUGACGAGGUUGUUGGCGGAGAUGCCGCCGGAUGAGGGACCGGGGUUGUUGGGAUUGACGGGGCAGAAGAGUCAGAGGAAGAUGAUCGAGCAGAGCGUGGUGAGCUGGGAGGAGGAUGGGGCGGUUACGAACUGUCCCUUUUGCAAGCAGGAGUUUAGGAGUUGGACGUUCAGGAGACAUCAUUGUCGGAUAUGUGGGAAGGUCGUUUGCGCGGAUCCGGAGACGGCAUGCUCGACGGAGGUCGGGUUGGAUGUUGCUCGUCCAACGAUAAACACAGAGAAGCCCCCCGGAACCGCCACCACCACCCUCGACAUUCGCAUGUGCCGCGAUUGCAAAUCCACCAUCUUCUCCCACCGUGACUUCGCCGCUUCGAUAGCACACAAACCUCCAGACCAACGCGCCUACGAGACCCUCCGCCAGUUCGAGCGAGGCAUCCGGAUGUUGAUGCCCUCCUUCCAAAAAGCGCUUUUGGCUCUCCAGCCCCCGAACGAAGACGACUACCGCCAGGACAAACCUCCACCAACGUCCGCCCAAGUCCAAGAAGCAGCCAAGAUCCGUAAACGACUAACAGACGCUUUCGCGAAAUACGACCUUGCCGCCAAGAGGUUAAGGGAUAUGAAGACCAAUAGUCCGACACAGUUGAGGUUGCAACAAUCCGUUUAUGCUGCGGCGUCGGCUUUCCUACACGCCAAUCUGAUUCCCCUGAAGAGCGUACCUAGGGUGCUGCGCAGUAACAGCAUGCAAUAUCAACACCGCCGGCUACUUAACGGUUCUACGUCAACACUCUCGCCAUUGCGAAACGGAGAGUCUGCCUUAACCCAAGACGUGGAAACAUCAAGCAACGCAGGAGCCAGCGAAGCCAGCGUCGUCCAAUCGGAACUGGAUAUCGAGGAGAAAGAGGCAAAGGAGAGAUUGGUGGUACUUGAGGAACAGAUGUUCAUGGUGCAGGAGAUGUUGAAGAGCGCGAGAGCGCAGAGGCGGUUUGAGGAGGUUAGUGCGUUGAAUAGGAAUGUGGAAGAACUGGAGGCGGAGAUUGAGAGGGCCAAAGAGGGUGUUAGGGGGGUGGAGGAGCGGAUGGGCGCUCUGUACAUUGCUGGAUAACAGGAUGUCGAGUAUGGUUAUGAGUCUCUUUUCUUGGGGAUUAGCAUGGCGUAGGAGUUCUGGGGCAUUGCCGCAUUGGGUAUUGUUAGUUUGGCGACAGAUCAGAGGUGUUAGUUGGAAAAUUGAAGGAAUGUCACAGCAGCCCGAGGUUUCUCUCGUGGUGUACCAUGUGCAUGUCGUCCGGCGGUUUGGAUUCACUAACGACACAUCCGGGCCCGUCGCUUCCAUCAGCGAUAUUACCGGUCGACGUCUUGUAGCGAAGUGUUCACGAAGGUCACGGCGCUGCAAUAAGAGGUAUCAAAAAUGCUUUGAUUCAACGAUUA